GUGAUCAGGGGAGGCUGAACUAUGGCUGCAAAAUCUGACAACACAAACUCCAAUUUUCCUCUUGCAGGGAGCGCCAGUGAUGGCUGGUCGACGGAGGAAGAGGCAACUGCUACAUGCUACUGUGGAGCUGUGCAAUUGGCAUUUCCAGCGCAAGCUCCUGGUCUUGUUGAUACAUUCAUCUGCAACUGCACAGAUUGCCACAAAAUCACUGCAUCCAUGUUCGCGACCAACUUUGUUAUCAAAGACACGUAUUUAAAACACUUACGUGGCAAAGAAAUGCUCACCAUCUAUUGCCAGUCGAAGACCACUAUCACUGGCAAGGCAAUGACCAACUUCUUCUGUUCUGUGUGUGGCUCGCUUAUGUAUCGCACGAGUGAGGUGUUCCCAGGACACAGCAUUUUGCGUACUGGAACGGUUGAUGAUUUUAGUCUGCAUGAGACGAAAUUGAGGCCAAGGGUGGAGAUAUUUACCAAGGACCGCCCGAGUUGGCUCUGCGGUGCAAAUGGUGUUGGACAGUUUAAGGCGGCACCUCCGACGCUUAGGGAUACCCCCAUUCCAAAUCCCUGAACUGGAAAGUUACAGACGCUAUAUGUACCCCUUCUGUUAUGUACAUAAAGUAAUAUUUCACAUCUGGCUCUCUUCUGCAGCAUAAAAAAAGAUUGUUCUGCGCUCUAAUUCGGUCCAUGCGCGACAUGAGCGGGAGGUGCGCGUGAGGGUUGACAAAAGUGUUGAGGCCU